UCUUUAAAGUCAAUAUAUUCCAUAAGAACAUGUUCUUCUUCCUUUCCCUAAAAGAAGCAUAAUAACUCAAAAAAACUUCAUUUCAAAGCAUACCCAUCAUCGUUUCCAAUUCCUGAAACCCUAAAAUGUCUAGCACCAGACGGCUUGAAAUACAAACUGGAGAUCCAACUCCAAAGAAAUGGAGUGUUCCACUUACAGAAGACUCAUUUCAAGCAAUCAAAUCAAGAGGAAACCCAACCCUGCUCUCGAUUUUCUGCGAUGGAUCUCUGUUCAGCCCAUCACUGUUUGGCAAAUACUUCGAUCCAUCCGAUGCAUUUCCUCUCUGGGAAUUUGAAUCCGAUGUCUUAUUAGCAAAAGUCAGGAGCAAUAAUCAGAAUUUAGUCGAAUGGUUUCAGACUGACACACACUACAUCUUGAAAGCCGAAUUACCAGCAGGGACAGGGAAGAACAGUGUUCAGAUCUAUAUCGAACAAGGUAAAAUCAUGGAAAUAAGUGGGCAAUUGAGGGGGGGAAGUGAAUCGUCGAAGACGAAGGAUUGGAGGAGCUGCCGUUGGUGGGAACAUGGUUAUGUUCGGAGGCUUGAAGUGCCGGAGAAUUCAGAUUGGAUUCAAACGGAAGCAUAUAUACAUGAUGAUAAAGCUAUUGAGAUCUUAAUCCCUAAGAAAGCUCUGGAUCAUGAAGGUUAGUAGUGAAAGGAAGACGAAGAACCAGUAUGCAGAUCACCUGUUCGACAAAAUGUUUUCAUGGAUGUAUGUUCUUUAGUUGUAGUAAUUUUGAAAUUAAUACAUGUUAUAUUUUCUCUUA